AUGGCGGCCCUCACAGACUUCGCUUUCAUGUACCGCUGGUUCAAAAACUGCAAUCUGGUUCCAAACCUCUCAGAGAAGUACGUCUUCAUCACGGGCUGUGACUCGGGCUUUGGGAACCUGUUGGCCAGACAGCUGGUGGAUCGGGGCAUGAGAGUGCUCGCUGCUUGCCUCACUGAGGAGGGGGCCCAGAAACUCCAGCAGGACACCUCCUACCAGCUGCAGACCAUCCUCCUAGAUGUCACCAAGACUGAGAGCAUCAAGGCGGCAGCCCAGUGGGUGAGGGACCAAGUGGGCGAGCAAGGCCUCUGGGCCCUAGUCAACAAUGCCGGUGUGGCCCUGCCCAGUGGUCCCAAUGAGUGGCUGACCAAAGAAGACUUUGUGAAAGUCAUCAAUGUGAACCUGGUGGGACUGAUUGAAGUCACCCUGAACAUGCUGCCUAUGGUCAAGAAAGCCCGGGGCAGGGUGGUCAACAUGUCCAGUUCUGGUGGUCGUGUGGCCGUCAUCGGCGGUGGUUACUGUGUCUCCAAGUUUGGUGUUGAAGCCUUCUCUGAUAGCAUCAGGCGAGAGCUUCACUUCUUUGGGGUGAAGGUCAGCAUAAUCGAGCCAGGGAACUACCGGACAUCCAUUCUGGGCCAGGAAACUCUGCCAUCUCGAAUGAAGAAGCUGUGGGAUCGGCUGCCUCAGGAGACCCGGGAUAGCUAUGGAGAAGAGUAUUUCCAUGCCUAUACUGAAAAGCUGGUUAACUUGAUGCAGCGGGCAUAUACGAACAUUAGCAAUGUCACCAACAGCAUGGAGCAUGCCGUUGUCUCCAGGAGCCCCCGAAUCCGCUACAACCCUGGCCUGGAUGUCAAGUUUCUCUAUAUCCCCCUGGCUAAGUUACCUGCCUCUGUGACAGAUUUCAUCCUGAGCCGAUACUUGCCAAGGCCGGCAGACAGUGUUUGAGCUGAGGAGCCGAAGGGGUGGCCAGUGGGGUACAGAGGAGGGGCAAAAGACUGUGGCAUCACAAGAGGCAUUAUUAUAAUAGAUCUGUGGGCAUCUGACACCCACUGCUGGUUUAUGUCUCCCCACUUCUGCUGGGACCUCCAGAAACCUGAUGUGGCCCCUGCUGAUUUAGAGAGUUCCAAUGUAGGCUCCAAGACACCUCUCAUCAAGGCAGGUACAAGUGGUCCUGGCCCUGGAAAAGUCAAGGAGAAAAAAGCUGGCUUCUGUUGAAUGACAAGCUAUGGCCACCUCUAUAAAAUACCACGGGAUAUUCUAGCCCACAGGAGAAUCUCGGCCCCCUCCCCACAGAUCUCUGCACAAGCACUGAUUUGUGCAUGUUCUGAAAUGUGUAAUACAGAAGCCAGAACUGCCAGAGCAUAUCCAGAGAAUGUUUUAAGUCAUUUACUUUUCUUUGUGUUUCUCUAUCUGUAGAUGAUUGGGAUCCAUAUAACACUCACUUCUUUAAUCACCAUUGAUUAAUGUUUCAAGUAUUUAUUAAGUACAUACUUACCAGGCACUGAGGUUCUGGAGGUAUAGGAGGAUGAUGAAAUCAUGAGCCUGGGGUUUUUUAUUGUUUACUUUGUGUUUUAUAGCUAGCAACAGAGAUAGGACAGUGGUAGGAGGGACAGAAAUCAGAAAAUGAAAAUUUGAAGGACCCUGGAGUUACAACGUAAUAGUUCCCAAACUUGGACUCUAUCAUAAUCACUCAGUUAAUUAAAAUGCAUAUGGAGGCUGGAGAGAAGGCUCAGAGACUGGCAGCACUUGUUGCUCAGAGGAUCCUGGUUAGAUUCCCAGUAUCCAUAUAGUGUCUCACAACCAUCCAUAAUUCCAGUUCCAGGGGAUCCGAUGCCCUCUUCCGAUCUCCACGGACACCAAGUAUGCACAUAGUGUGCAUACAGACAGGCAGAC